UAAAGGCAGCAAGAAUUCCAUUUUGGGUACUUUGACCAUUUUUUCCUUACUGCUAAUGGAAAGCGAAUUUAUACUAAAAGUCGUCACAUAAGCAUGCGGAGAGUUGAAAAGAAAAAGCCAACCAAAUUCCACUGCUACUGGAAUUCUUUUUUUGAUCGGUACUGCUACUGGAAUUCUUAAUCAGCUGUUUCUGACAUGCCAAAUUAAUUCUGAUUCAAGAAUUUUGUGGGGGUUUUGGGUGGAUUAUAUAUAUACCCACUUAAUAUCUUUCGUCUGAAUGAGUUCUUAACUACUGGAAUUCUUGAACUUUUGAAAGAGAAAAAGAAAUGGAAGAAGAAAUCAAUUUAUGGAUGGCCCAAAACAGGGAGAAUGCAGACAAAGUUGGUCUUAAGGUAAAGAUGAGAAAUGUUAAGGCGAAUUCCAUCUCUGUUAAGAUUGGAGGGUAUAUGAUCAUGGUCAGCAUCGUUUAUGCUUCGCAAGAUGGAUCUUUGGUGGCUAUAUCGUUAGAAGACGAAGAUGAUGACAUCUUGAUGUCAGCUCUUGAAGCUCUGAAUGGCAAGCUUCAAUAUCUCAGGAUUGGACCCAAUUGCUUAAGAAAUGUAUUAGACAAGAUAUUGCAAGUGUUUAACGAGUUGGGGUGCAGCAAGCCCAACAGAUUAAUUCUCGGUGGUGAGAAUACAGAGGAAAGAAUAAAAGAAUCAUACGUAUACAGGUCAGCUGAAGAUUUCACUGUGGACGUUGAAACGGUUUUGAGCAUGGUAGAUAGUAGUUCAAUUGUAUCUGGAAUAUUACCAUGGUGCUCUGUUAAACUGAUUCUGGGCUUGGAAGUUGUGGAGGUGCGAAUGGACAUUAGGCACAUAAUAGCUUCAGACGAUGCGGCCACAGCGCUACAAUUUAGCCUUGAUGAUCCUCUGGUGUUUCAUAUAUCAUUUGGCAGAAAUAUGUGGGUUAAAAAGGAAGCUGCUACUCAGGAUUUCUUUAGGUCUGCAGACGUUUCUGUGAAAGAGAGCCCAGUUCAGAUUCAAAAGUUGAAGGCUAAUAUGAAAAAGGCACUCGAGCGUAGGGAUGAAAGAUUUAAGAAUGCCAUUAAAGAAAGCUGGUCUGCCAGGAUGCGUCCACAUGGGCCUUAUGUUUUACUACCUGAUUAUAUUGAGGGAUUUUUGGAGCAUUGCUACAUUAGGCCUGAUGGUUUUCUUGGUGUGGGCAAAAAGGUUGCAAUGUCUGAUAACAUUUUUGUCACCCUUCUGGUUUUCGUGGGAUCUUGGUUGAAGACUCUGAGGGUCUUCUGCGCAAUUUGUAAAAGACCUCUUCCACCAUUCUCUCGGUUGUGGUACUGCGAUGCAGAAUACUGCUUGUACAGGUUUGAAGAGCUGGGUUUUGGAGCAUCAGUGUUACAGGAACUGAAAAAUUCAGAGUUGAUUGAUUUGGAGCUUACCCUUGCUGCAGCUGCAGCAAGAUAUUCUAAUCGCGAUGUUUUCCAGCCAUAUCCAUCAUUUUUAUUGAAAAAGUGCGAAGUCCGAAAGCGUGCUGGGUUCUUUAGCAAGAACAUUUCUGAACUCAAAUCAAGCAUUUAUAUUUCCAGAAAAGCAGAGACUGAUAUGAACAAUAAAAAUUUGUGUCUUUUACAAAAGGUAAUAGAUUCAUUUCCCCCAGUUUCAGUGAUACAGAAGUAUUCCAGUGAAAUUGAAUUAGUUGUGAAGUUAGGAAUUUCAUGGCUGAAAGAGGAUUAUAACACAGAUAGUGUCAAUCAGACUGAUUUAUCGCAAGAAGAUUAUGCAGAAAAAAUAUGGCUUCCAUAUAAAAUCCUCAGAUAUGUGUUGUUUACAAAUAGAUUGUCCCUUUGUCUAGUUCAGGAGGAUCACAGGUUUAAUGUGCAUAGAUCUCUCUACCAGUUUGCAGUUUUCUAUAAUUCUGAGAGUGAGCUCAAGUUUGCAGAGCGUAGGAAAGCUGAAGGAUCUAUAUUUGCCUUCCAUGGAAGUUCUUUGUCAAAUUGGUACUCCAUUAUAAGAAAUGGAUUAAAGUGCUUGAGUGGGACAAGGUACAUGUCUGGUGGAAUGGCAUUUGGAGAAGGCAUCUACUUAUCAACUGAGAUGGACGUUUCAUUGGGUUAUUCUACUCCUGUAAUAUGGAAACAAAGAAAGUAUUGUGUGGUAGCUCUUUGUGAAAUUUUCUCGGGGCAAAAUUAUGUUGCAGCAAAGAAGCCUGAGUACUUGGUGGUUCCUGCCAAAAAUGAAAAUGAUGUUGUCAAACGUUACUUGAUUGUAUUCCAGGAAAGCAAAACAGCUGCACCUAAAAGUAGCGGUACGAAGACUGCAACAACAGGCCACAUACUGUCAGGGGAUAUCGAUUUGUACGAACAUUACGAGAAGUUAAGAUUUAAACAUUGUGAGGAGGUCAUCAAUGGAGGACUGGCUGGAGAACUUCUAAAAGUGGCAAGAUGUUUCUAACCAGGAGGAAUAGAAAAAAUGUACAAUUUUUGAGGAUUUCUAACUCAUUUUUGGCUGAUCAAUACCUAAUCCAACUACUAGACCAUAAUGAAUUGGUUUUUACCAGAGGUUGCCUUGUUGGAACUGGGUAUUCAGAUUCUUCGAAGAAGUCAUUUUAGGAGGUUCAAUCAGCUUUUUCCAAUGGGUAAAUAGAAUUUUCUUCUUGCCAAAUUCUUAAAUGUAUAGUGUGGGUCUUGCAAGUGAAGAAAACCUGCUUUCCCUAGCUACUCUAAUAUGCCAAUGUCUGAAUAUUUUAGUUAUCCACAAAGCAUGGAUAAUACCAUUCAAUUGAAUACUAAAUUUCACAUUAAAGAA